UCGAAUUGUUUCACCAUCUACUUAUCCCUUAAAGUAGAAGUACUAAAGGUGUUUUGUGCGAUUAUCCUUGUAAAUUUCGGUUGUUGGAAUUGUUUCCAAGCCUCUGAACUUUGUGCAACGAGAGCAGCGUCAUGAACAUGUCGCCGAGCACAGCUGGUGUAUCCAGCAGCAAGAAAAAAAAGCGCAGCAAAUCCUCGCCGCGUAACACUGUCAGCGGGGCUUCUACUUCCUCAUCGCCGGUCGACGAGGAAAAUAACGGCCUUCUUCUAGGGCCAUGCUUUGGUCCAUUAGCGCGGCACAUGGUGCCGGAUCCGGACACAUUCGAACGUCAGUUAAAUGGCGGUGCACCUCAGAUUGCUAAUAAUAAUGAAAAUCGCAAAUCAAAGAAAAAAAAGGAAAAAAUAUCCAACGAUCGCCGACCCUCAAAGGAGGAAUAUCUAAGGGGCUGGAGCGGUAAUUUUCCAAAUCUAACAUCAACUCACAGCGGGGAAAGUAACUCGGAUUUGGAACAACAGACACCUGCAGAGCUAAAGGCACUGGGUUCUACUGGACGUAGCAUAUUUCCCAGAGAGGAGCUGCUGCCGACGGUCACGUCCUCAUUGCCAUUAACAACAACGACUACAACAACAACAUUAACUUCGACAGCCUCGACUGCCAACAACAACCCAACUGUAACCUCAACUGUAACUUCUCCAAGUAGAUCACAGCCAACAACACCUCCACCAACGACAACAACACCACCACCACAACAAACUACUGUCUUAGCUAACAAGAUGGCGCAUCGCAAACGUCCUUCUUCCUCAUCCUUUAAGGAGGGGGAAACAAAACAGUUGGAAAAUGAAGAGGUAUUACCACCGAAGCGGCCCAAAUCCCGGUUCUCCAACACAAGCAUUCAGGCUCCUGUGCUACGCGCCCCCCACAAUGAUUCUGGCUGGUCAAACAUCUCCAACGCCGAAAUCGGUUGUACAAGCACUCCCCAUACUGAGGCCGAUUGGUCGGGAGUCCCCAACGCUCAAAUAGGAGGAGCUCGCACUAAUGCCCGUUCCAAAUCGCUGUGUGUUAAUAUGGAGCCACCACGACGAACCCAUCGCUUUCGCAGCAUGUGCGCUAGCCCAGCGGAAAUAUCUGGCGAUUUCCUGUCCCUGAGCAAGCCAGAGCCGAAGACGCCACAUCGACGCAAGAGCCAGACCACUGCCAAGCUGCCGGCAACGGAUGAGUUCUAUAAAAAACCGUUCCAGUUCGGCUGGAAGCGCGAACUCGUUAUGCGUCGUGGCCUACCGGUUCGUGGCGACGUAUUCUUUAUCUCGCCCGCGGGCAAGAAACUGCGCUCUCGCGACGACAUUAUACCGCUUCUGCAGGGCGAUUUAACCAUCGACCACUUCUGCUUCCAGCGUGAAUCGCAGGGUGUGGGCCCCGAAUUCGAAUUGGUCCGUCAGUCUCAGCCAGCACGCCGCAAAACGCAACCGCCAGUUAAGACGGAAAUCGACACCCCACCGCAUGUACUUUCCGGCAAACGUGUGCCGAAGCCAAAGGCUCCAAAGGGUGCCAGCCCGCCGCCCGAGGGCUGGACCUCUACCAUGGCUGUCAAAGGAAAUGCACGCGUCCUCGCGGCCAGUAAUGGCAACAACAGUGCUAGCUCAAGCGGCAAUUCUGCUCGCAAACGCAGUAAUCUGCACAAAGUGAGCUCACACCCUGUGAAGACUCCGCAGGCCAAGUCUCAGGUGGCGGCGGCUGUUCGCAGUCAAAGCACCCCAAAUAGCGCGUCCGUGCACUGUGUGCGCUGCCAAUCAGUGAUUGAGGAUCCGCAUGAAGGAUACAAGCUGAACAUAUCGGACAGUGAGGGUGUUGUUUAUAUUUGUGUGCGUUGUGCGAAGAAAGCAAACGCCGAGGAACGUCAGCCAACAUACGACAAUGCUGAGAACGAAGUGGCUGCAAAUGAAGGGGAACUGCACGCUGAGAUAAGGCCAUUGCCAGUGACCGAACCAAUCGAAAAGCCGGGACAGGAGCCGCCAGCACAGCUGUUGAGCGAUGAGCAGAUAGGCGCUGCUGCCAGCGCUGCUGGUGGCAAACGGACACCCAAGCCCCAGGAAUUGGUGGUGAUUACUGGACGCAAGUAUGUGUCCGUGUCCGGGGAACCGCCACAUCCAAGCAUACAAGUUAUUCCACGGGAACCGGAGGUAACGAGCCACGAAAAUAAUAGCUGUAAAAAUAUUUGCUCAAAAGAGCUUACGGCUGGCAUUCUAGAGUAUCUGAGCAUGGCUAGCAAGGCCAUACCAGUUCUGCGGGCUGUGCUGUUGACAUUAAACUUGGCCGAACGCAAAAAGGUGGCUCAGGUAUGUCAGGGUUGGCGCUUAGUCUCGAGGGAUCCCAGCAUCUGGCAAAUUGUCUCGCUGCGCAAUACGCGAAUUAAGAAUUGGAGCGAAUGCUUGAGCGAGCUGGCCCGCCAAAAGACCCGUCACCUGGACAUGUGGGGCGUUGAAUUGUCGCGCGUUAUGCGUCUGAGUGGCGAUUUGCGACUCCUAAAGUCACUGCGAACUCUGCGCACCGAUAUCUGCGACUCGGCGUUUAUACGUCUGGUAAUUAAGUAUUUGCCACAACUGCAGGAGCUACGCAUCACAACCUCAAGUCGCUCAAUCAGUCUGGAGCAUAUGGAGAAGAUGGUGGGAUUGCGUUAUCUGCAUAUUCGUAUGAUAGAGGUGCGGGGCAGUAUUGCCUCCUUGCAGCCGAUUCUACAGCUCGGUGGACUCACCCGUUUGUCCCUGCGCGGCGUUGGCAACAUGCGUCACCUCGAUAUCCUCAAUCUGCAUAAUCUGCCGCUGGAAUCGCUGGUGCUUGGUUCCUGCACCGGCAUGCCGACCAUGGAGUUUGGUCGUCAGGUAUUGCCGCGUAUGCACAAACUGAAACACUUGCGGCUGGAGAAUCGUCACAGUGUCAGUACAGAGUUUCCUGUGGCGGAUAUCAUGGCUGGGAUUGGGGAUGGCACAAAAGUGGAGCGCUUGGAGCUCGUAAAUGUAGACAUAGAUGAGCAUUUCAGCGAGCAGCUGAACGGCUGCAAAUUUGUGCGCGAACUACUACUGAUGCCCAAUUAUAUAAACAAUGCCGCGAAUACAACGAAUGCCAUUAUGCAGGCGAUUAGCGAGAAUGCGGAGCGUCUGGUGUCCUUUAAGCUUGGCCUUACCGUCGAGCUGCUACGCAUGACCGGCACUUUGUGCCACACUGAUAAGGAUAAGCACUGCAUUCCCGUCGUUCGUCCUAUACCAGGCGUUAUGCUACACGAUCGCCUCAACGACGUCCCCAAACUACCGAGCUACGCACCCCGCGAAUGGGCCUUUCUGCCAGUGGAGCGUCUUGAAUCAAUUCUGCAUCACAUGAUGCCGCAAGCCAUUACCAUUGUGGCCCAAGUGCCACACAGUGAGACCAUGCUCCUGCAGUUCUAAUGGAAUACGUGGUGCGGCCAAGAGAGUCAAGACUUAAUGCAUGUACUUCACGUUAUUAUUUUACCACGAAACACAACCAACACAACUCAACCCAAACCAUGUUGUAAACAACACACAUUCAUCGAUUCAUUAGAUUUAGUUUAUUUGUAUGUAUAAUUGACAACGUUGUAAACACUUUGAAUUUCACACGGAUUGAACAUUAAACCCUACAAUUUUUAGUUUGCAUUUAAUAAACUGUUUUUCUAUCAUCCCUGUGUAGGGCCCCCACCCUAACUAAAUACUUGGCACCACUUCCAAUGAAUACACACAGAUACCUUUUA